GGACAUCAGAUACACCUUCCUAGGAGUUUGAACACUGUGACUGAGCAGAAACCGUUAAAGUUUACUUAAUUAAGUAUUUAAGUUGAAAUACUAUGGAUUAAAAAUAAUGAAUUACCCAUUUCGAUUAGGAAAGUUUUGAAAAACAAGUCGGCGAGAUGGCACGCUUCUUUUUUAUCACUCUUGCAAUGAUCUGUGUACUCGGGGCAAAUGGUUUCUUUACCCAAAAAUCUACAUGGGAGCGAAUGCAGGCAAGUCUUGAAGCGCAAACUAAUAGAAGGAAAAGUGAAGAAAUCAAUCCGGUGUUGGACAUGUUCGACAGGAUUCCUUUGUACGAUGCUAAACAAAGUUCUACUUACAAAGACGGAGUAGCAUCCAGAGCAAUAGACGGUAACCGAGAUGGCCAAUAUCAUUCCGGUCUUUCCUGCACACACACGGAUGACAACGAGGAUAACGUCUCGUGGGAGGCUAAGAUGAAGUCAGGUAGCGCUCAAGUGGCAUAUGUUGUGAUAUCCAACAGAUUGGAUGGCUACUAUAAUCGGAUCAAUGGUGUUAAGGUGUUCGUGGAUGAUCAGUUCUGUGGGGCAGUGGAGUAUCUAAUGGGGGUUGAAAACUACGCGGUUAAAUGUCCUCCCAACACUGUUGGAAGUGUGGUCAGGAUAACCGGUCGCAAUCAAGUCCCUCUGACCCUCUGUGAGGUGAGGGUUUUGGGAAAUGAUUCGGUCUGCAAGUGCAAUUCAGAUGAAUAAUAAGUAUAAGCGAGGACGAUCGGAGUAUGGAGCAUUGGAGGACAAGGGAACAAUUAGAUUAGAAGAUAAAUAUACAGACUUUCAACUGAAUGCCAUUUUGGAUAUUUUUGAAAAUUUGUUCAUCAUUUUAUUCCUUAAAAA